AUGGCAGCUCUGGUGCUUACGGUGGCUGCUCAUGCGGCCAACCUCACGGCGCGGGUGGGACCCGACGCCUCCUUGAGCUUCACCGUGCUGCAAAUUCCCGACGUUCACUUUACGGGCGACGCUAGCUACGCGUGCCGCGACGUGCCAGCCCAUGGAGACCCGUGCACCGAGGCCAACAUGACAGCGUUCCUGACCGAGCUUGUCGCGCACGUAUCGCCCGACUUGGUUGUCUUUACAGGCGACCAAGUCGAAAACACGCAGCUGAGUCACGACGUCGACGAGGUCAAGAAGGCCAUCGACAGCUACGCGCGCCCUUUCAUCGCAGCAUCGGUACAGUGGGCCAUGGUCUUUGGCAACCAUGACGAAGGACCGACCAUGUCACGGCGCGAAAUGCUCGCCUACAUUGCGUCGCUGCCGUUUUCAAGAACAAUCCACGGCCCCGAGACAGUCGACGGCAGCGGCAACUACCACCUCGACGCUCAGCACGACGCCAGGGCUGUGUUUCGCAUGUACUUUAUCGACACGGGCGUUGACGGCACCGUGCGACCGAGCCAGCACUCGUAUCUGCGGUCCCUCGCGGCUUCCACAGCAGAUCAAACCGUGCCAGCCAUCCUCUUUGGCCAUAUUCCGAUUCCAGAGUACGACCUCCAAGCCAACGAGUCGUCGCUCGUAUGGGGUAAGAAGGGCGAGGUCGUCUCGUACGGUCCGCAAACGGGUCUUCUUGACACCAUGGUCCAAAUGGGCGACGUCAAGGCCAUGUUUGUGGGCCACGACCACAGCAACAACUACUGCGUCCUUCGACAAGGCAUCCAGCUCUGCUACGGCGGCUGCAGCGGCUACGGGAGAGCGUACAACCCCGAGAGCGCGUGGCGUACAGCCCGCGUGAUCCAAUGGCGGCAAAUGAACGGCAUGGACGCGAUCGAGACGUGGGAGCAAGUCCACGGCAACUACACACAGAGUAAACAUACGCUGUACCCGCUACCGAGUCGUUCUUCCGGCGCCAUUCGCCGCAGCGACGCGUCAAGACUUGCGGCGUUCCACCUUGUCGCGCUCGUUGGGUGCCUCACGCUGUACGAGGACGCGCUGCAGCCUGUGCACUCCACGUACACGCUCGAGCGCAACUCGCUCCACCACAGCGCGUUCCACAAACCCAUGGUUGGUCGUGACCCGAAAGAGUCCAACCGCAAGUCGACGCCGCUCGAAAAGCUCUUUGAUUUGACGCUUGUCGUCGCGCUCUCGGCCGUCUCGAACGUCUUUGCGACGUCGAUGCAGCAUGGCGACAACCUUUUCCAAAACACGAUCGUGUUUGUCAUGCUCUUCUUCGCCGUCUGGAAUGCGUGGCUGCCGUUCACGUGGUUCGCGUCCAUGUACGACGUCGACGACGCCUUGUACCGGCUCGCGACGCUCGGGCAAAUGAUCGGGCUCCUCGUCGUCACAGACGGCAUCAAGCACGACAAGGAUGAAGUCAUUGCGGGGUACGUCGUUCUGCGCGUCUCGCUCGAAGGCCUCCUUCGCGGCCGCGCGGCGUGGUAUGAUGUGCAGCACCGGCACUUGAAUUUACGGUCCAUGGUGGCCAGCUGCACCGUCCUCGUUGGGUGGAUCCUUUUGUUUCAAGCGACGCUGUCCGAAGAAAUGUUUGAAGUCUGGUACUUUGUCCUUGGAGUCCUCGACAUUACGCUGCCGAGCCUCGUCUCUCGCAGUAAGCAAGUCCGCUUCCACGCGCACCACGUCUCGGAGCGGUACGCCGAGUUUACCAUCAUCAUCUUUGGCGAGAGCCUCCUCUCGCUCUCGCAUGCGACCGUCUUGCAUGGACCCCACGGCUUUAGCUAUGACGCACUCGCGAUCUUGAUUGGCUCGACGCUCCUCCUCUUCCUCCUCUGGUGGUUCUAUUUCUUCGUUCCGUUCGGCCACGAAAUGGAGGCGAACCCGCGCGCAUCGUUCCGCAUUGGCCUUGGUCACUUUGUCGUGCAUUGCGCGCUCGCGGCCUUUGCGACGGGACUCUACAUGAUCGCGCACGUCGCCAACGAGCACGACGUUACCGCAUCGCAUAGCAACGGCACGGCCUCGGCCAUGUCGACGCAGACCGCGUCCCUCAUGGUGGCGAUCCCGAUCGCACUGUUUCUGUUUGCACUGGCGCUCGUCGCGGGCCUCUCGUGGGCGGCGGUCGCGCGGUCGGUGGGCGUCGGCGCCGCUGAAGUGCUCAUUGGCAUUUACGUGACGCCACUCGUGAGCCUUCCGGCCCUCGUGUUCCUCUACUGCGUGCCCAUGACCGUGCUUUUGCUCGAAGUCAUGUGGAUGGAAGGUGGUGCGACUCGGCGCUCGGAGCAAACGCCCAGGAAAGACACUUUCAAAUAA